AUACGUAAGCGUGACGUUUCGUUGAAAAACAAAAACAAACCUCGGUGUUCCAUCGCCGUCGCUGUUUGUUUGAUUGUGUCUUAUAUUUCCCGCCCUUUAAACCUACACGGUGGUGACGUCACUCGUCGUGUUCAUGGUUGUUGUUUCAGUCGUGGUGAAGCUGUAACAGCGCAGUGAGGCUCCUUUUCCCCCAGCCAUGACUCAGCAGAGAGGAGUGAACAGCCUGCAGUUCAACCAGGACCAAAGCUGUUUCUGUUGUGCGAUGGAGACCGGGGUCAGGAUUUAUAAUGUGGAGCCUCUGAUGGAGAAAGGUCACCUGGAUCACGAGCAGGUUGGCAGCGUGGCUCUCUGCUCCAUGCUGCAUCGAUCUAACCUGCUGGCCGUCGUCGGAGGAGGAGUGAAUCCCAAGUUCUCAGAAAUAUCUGUGCUGAUCUGGGACGACGCUCGGGAGUCACGUGACCCCAAAGACAAGCUGGUCCUGGAGUUCACCUUCACCAAACCUGUCCUGGCCGUCCGCAUGAGAACUGACAAGAUCAUCAUCGUGUUAAAGAACAGAAUCUACGUGUACAGUUUUCCUGACAAACCUGCCAAACUGUUUGAGUUUGACACCAGAGACAAUCCCAAAGGUCUGUGUGAUUUAUGUCCCAGUCUGGAGAAACAGCUGCUGGUCUUUCCAGGUCAUAAAUGUGGCAGCCUGCAGCUGGUGGACUUGUCCAACACCAAACCCGGAACAUCGUCUGCUCCUUUCACCAUCAACGCUCACCAGAGUGAGAUCGCCUGCGUGGCUUUGAAUCAGCCCGGCAGCGUGGCGGCCUCGGCCUCUCGCAAAGGAACGCUCAUCCGUCUGUUUGACACCACGACCAGAGACAAACUGGUGGAGCUGCGCAGAGGAACCGACCCGGCCACGCUUUACUGCAUCAACUUCAGUCACGACUCCUCGUUCCUCUGCGCCUCCAGUGAUAAAGGCACCGUUCACAUCUUUGCGCUGAAAGACACCAAACUGAACCGCCGCUCUGCACUGGCUCGUGUGGGGAAGGUGGGUCCAGUGAUCGGUCAGUACGUGGACAGUCAGUGGUCGUUAGCCAGCUUCACCGUUCCUGCUGAAUGUGCCUGUAUUUGCGCUUUUGGAAAGAACACGUCCAAGAACGUCAACUCUGUCAUCGCCAUUUGUGUGGACGGGACUUUCCACAAGUAUGUGUUCACCCCCGACGGAAACUGUAACCGCGAGGCCUUUGAUGUUUAUCUGGACAUUUGUGACGACGACGACUUCUGAGGAAAACAAAGACUGAGAGAAAGAGAGAAAAGAGACGAGGAUGAUGAUUAUCAUUGUUGUUUUCUGGAGACGGACAGAAACACGGACUUACUGCUGAAGCUCGUUCUUUAAAAAGUUGUGAUUCUAAUCAUGUGUAUCUGUGAACGUAUGAAUGAACAUAAAGUCUGUUUUAUUAUCCUGUGA